CGUACGACACAUAGAGACAGGCAAGAGAAUGAAAUUGGGUUCCCGUCCUUAUACAACCGCAGCCGCCUUUUGCGUAACGCAAUCACUCUACUCUACAAAAGUCGGUAUCCGAAUCUCAUCUCUGCAUUCUUGAUUCUACAUCAAACGAUGUUGAUUUGAUUUCAACCCUUAUGUUACUUGAUUCUUCCUUCUUUUAAGAUUCCUUCAAAUGAAUAAAACACAACCCAUUUGAACAAGAAUUUGAAUCACUAACAACAUGUCUUCAUGGAAUUCAUCUCAAUUAGAGAUCAUUUACGAGUUUUUUGGGUGGAUUGCUUUCUUUUCUUGGUCAAUCAGCUUCUACCCACAAGUUAUCCUCAAUUUUCGCCGUAAAAGUGUGGUGGGGUUGAAUUUUAGCUUUGUGGUGUUGAAUUUGACUAAACAUACCGCUUAUCUCAUUUACAAUGCUACACUUUAUUUUAGCUCUGUUGUUCAGAAUCAGUAUCGUCAAAAAUACGGCCAUGAUCAAAUGAUUCCUGUUGCAGCAAAUGAUGUUGCCUUCUCCAUACAUGCUGUUGUAUUGACUGCAUUUACAUUGUUCCAAAUUAUUAUUUAUGAACGUGGAAACCAGAAGUUCUCAAAGAUUUCCCUCAUAAUUGUUUCUGUUGCUUGGUCUGCUGCUGCAGUCUGUGUAUUUAUUGCCUUGCCCACCCAUUCUUGGCUUUGGCUCAUUUCUGUCUUCAACAUUAUUCAAGUCACCAUGACAGUCAUCAAAUAUAUUCCCCAGGCAUUCAUGAAUUUCUACAGGAAAAGCACAGAAGGAUUUAGCAUAGGCAACAUUUUGCUUGAUUUUCUUGGUGGAGUAACUAACUAUGCGCAAAUGGCUACGCAGUCUAUCGAUCAAGGUUCUUGGGUGAACUUUUAUGGAAAUAUCGGGAAGACAUUGCUGUCGCUUGUAUCGGUCUUGUUUGAUCUCUUGUUCAUGUUGCAACAUUAUGUGCUCUAUCGUAGUAAGCCUAUCCACCUUCCUAUUAAGCUCGAUGAGGCACACAAGGAGGCGCUGUUGAAAACCUCUGAUGAAGAACCGUCGGACCUUCCCUGAAUUGCAAUCACAAGUGUUUAGAUGGGCUAUGUAAUCAUAUACAAAGAAACUCGUGUAUCGUCUGUGGAAAAUCGUAUGUGGAAAAUAUAUAUAUCCCCUUGCAGAGAAUUCCCGAAAUUGUGCUCAUAUUGGUCGAUAGCUCUUCGAAUACUCUAUUUGUUCCCCUCAUUUUGCUUCAUUUAUCACAAAAACUCUCAGCAUUGGAAUUGCAAAGAAUACUCUCCAAGAUAAGAUUUGUCACUUUUAUAGGAACAUCAAAGCCCAAUUUGUACAUGUUAUCUUUUCAAUUAUCUUUUGUAUAAUUGUAAUUUUUAGUUGUUUUGAUGUUAAAGGCAAUAUAUUAGAUUACUUGAAAUACUUAAUUUAGUAGUAUAUACUAACAUCUAUUUUAGUAUGUAAAAAUAUCUAUUUUAGUAUUUAAAAAUAUCAUUAAAA